AUGGGGAGUGUUUCAUCGGAGGAUUGGUUAGAUCAAGUGAGCGAGAGGUUCGAGUUUGACAGUUACAGUUUGAGUGCGGACGUGAGCGAAUCGGAGAGUGAUACUUCUAGUAGCAGCUUCUCAUGCCGCCGUAACGAUCUCCAAGGCUGCGCUUCCUCUUCUUUCGUUUCUUCGACUCCUGAAUUCGCCGGUAAUUCCGUUUCUCCCGCACCGUUUCCGGUAAUGCUGCCGGUUGUUGGCGGUAGACAUGUUGCUACUCCCGAGGAGAAGGAAGAGAAACCAGAUACUGACUUGUCAGAAAUCGAACUGAUGAAGGAGCGGUUUGCUAAGCUUCUGCUUGGAGAAGACAUGUCAGGUGGAGGACAGGGAGUUUGUACCGCCGUGGCCAUCUCCAAUGCCAUCACCAAUCUUUCUGCUUCCGUGUUUGGGGAGCUAUGGAAAUUAGAACCACUAGCGCCACAAAAAAAGGCAAUGUGGCAUCGAGAGAUGGAAUGGCUUUUGUGCAUAAGUGAUUCCAUAGUAGAGCUUGUUCCAUCAAUGCAAGAAUAUCCUGGUGGUGGAACUUAUGAGGUUAUGGUGCCUCGGCCACGUUUGGAUUUAUAUGUGAACGUCCCAGCACUCAAGAAGCUUGAUGCUAUGCUGAUUAGCAUUCUUGAUCUGUUUUCUGAAUCUGAAUUUUGCUAUGUCGAUCGUGGGAUAGUAGUUGCUGAUGAUGAUGAUAUUCAAAAGUUUCCCAUGUCGUCCUCUUUGAGAAGACCAUCAAUCAGACAGGAAGAAAAAUGGUGGCUUCCUUUUCCUAAAGUUCCCCCAAAUGGUUUGUCUGAAGACUCAAGAAAGAAGCUGCAGCAGUGCAGGGAGUGCACAAACCAGAUCCUUAAGGCUGCCUUGGCAAUUAACAGUAGUGUGUUAGCUGAGAUGGAAAUUCCAAAUGCUUAUUUUGAGAGCCUCCCCAAGAGUGGAAAAGCUUGCUUAGGCAGAACCAUGUAUCACUAUAUAACUGCCAAGCACUUCUCCCCAGAUUAUCUUCUGGAUUACUUGGACUUGUCAUCAGAAUACACCACUUUGGAAAUAGCAAAUCGUAUAGAAGCUGCCUCACAUUUCUGGAGCCAAAAAUACCAGAACAGGCAUUUAGUUCAUGCAAGGAAUGGGAAGUCAUCAUGGGGUGGCAAGAUGAAAGACUUUGUUGGUGAAAUACCGAAAAGAAAACUUCUAGCAAAACGAGCUGAGGUUCUCGUACAUAACCUAAGGCUACGUUUUCCUGGCCUCCCACAGACUGCUUUAGACAUAAAUAAGAUCCAAUAUAACAAGGAUAUAGGGCAUGCUAUUAUUGAGAGCUAUUCUAGGGUGAUGGAAAGCUUGGCCUUCAACGUAAUGGCAAGAAUUGAUGAUCUCCUAUAUGUGGAUGAUGCCACCAAGCAACGUGCAACAGCAGAGUCAGCCUCUCCUUGUGUCCAACAAAAGUGUGGUAGUAGACCAUCCAAACAAAAGUGGAUAUCGACUAGCCAUGCUUCUUUACAACACAGUCCUUGUUCCUCUGCAUGUACAGUGCCAACUGUUGGUUCUUCCAGUGAAGUUCAGUUGAAUGUUGAUGGAGCUUACACAUUAGCUGCAGAUAUUGGAUCAUGCACUGCCAUAGGUUAUAAACAGGGUGGCUUUGAGUUAGAGAAAAUGCCACAACUGAACAAAGCCCAAGACACACUUUACAGAGGCAGGUUUGCUAGGGAGUAG